AUGCUUGGAAGUAGACUUGCGCUUACAGAUCCGGCCCCGUCGAUCCGCCAUACGGAUAUCGAUGAAGGGUCCAUUCAACGAUCGCGAUCUCUUCCUCCGCAGGUUGUUUGGCCAAGUAAUGGGAGUGGGACGUUAAAUUUGUCGUUUCCAGAUUACGCUUCACAGAUGAAUACAGGAACAGGGACGCAGUAUUCCACAAGCCGUCCACCAAGCAAUCUCACCAACACUCGCAUGCCCACCAUCAGAUGCGUCGACUGCGAAUCCCAGUCCGGGUCUCAAUCCCAAUCACACGGACCCCGCACUACAACACCAACACCAUCCGUCGGUGCAGUCGAGAAUCCGAAUCCGGAUCGUCAAGAAAACAACAACGAAUACCUCCAGCCACCACACGAACCACACCAAAAACCAUCAAUCUCCUCCAUAGCAACCCAAUCAGCCAUUCGACCCGGCCCCGCAUCCACAUCUGCAUCUAAAAUCUCACUGUCCUCUGAGAUUGGCCAGACGGGUUUUGGCCCCCAAAGCCAACACCAACAACACGAGGCUGGGGCCGCGGCUGCGGCUGGGGCUGCACCAACUGCAGUCCAACGUAAUACGGAGUCGACGAGAUCGUCGACCGGCACUUUUCGGUUUUAUGAACAGCUGAACCAGAAUCAAACACUGAAUCAGUCCCUGAAUCAGGAUCACGAUCAGAAUCAAGAUUCGGGCGCAGGAAAUAAUGACCAGACUGAAACCGACAUGGCCGAUCACAAAAACAAAGACAAGAGCUCGAUGCGGAGGAUGUAUCAACGCAUAGUACAAAGUACUUCUGCGACGUUGACAGGCGAGAAGCAGAAAAAGGCAUUGCGCAGGGUUAGUGACAUUUUCCAGCCCAAAAGGGAUAAAUCGCAACAGACUCAUGAAAAGGAGAAGUCGCCGGCGCCUUCUCCUCGGCCUCACCACCACGAUAACGAUAGCGACACCGACGAUACCAACAACGCCAAUGCAUCUGACGAUAACGAUAACGACAACACCGACACAAACACAGACACCAAGAUCACGAAAGAAACCACCACCACCACCACCCAACUCCAACCUGAAAUCCAAACCAACACCAACAAAACCCCCCAAGACACCCACCCCUACCACCCCAACGACUACUGGGACCGCAUCCGUCAACACCACCAACUACCCCCCUCAAUAUCCCACCAAUCCCUCCCCCGCCAUCAUAACAUACACAUACACAUAACCAGAAAGCCGUCGCCGCUGUCAUCUUGCUCGUUAGCUGAGUCACCGGAUUCGAGGGGUCGAUUGGCGGAUCAGCACCAUGCGCAGGAUUUGCGGUUGCAGUCGAGGAGUCCGAGACUUGCACCGGCUUCUAAUGCGCCGUCUGUGAAUAGUAGGGGGAGUGAUGAGCAUCAGCACGGUGAUGCGACUGAGAAGGAGGAGGGGAAUGGGAAGGAGAAUGGACAUGGCGACGCUGAACCACGCAGCGCAGACACAAGCAUGACUAGUCCUGCUUCCCAACAUAGUACCUUCCACUCUAUAAACCCCCGAACAAGCCACGUGGGUGAUCAGGAAUUACCCUGGAAGCUGCGCAUCCCGGGCGACAUCGACGAGGAGCAUGAGCACGAACACGAGCACACUCGUUCCCAACAUACCCCCGCCGCUCCUACAACUACCCCAACGCCUGCAACUGCUACCACGCCAGCAAUAACACCUAACAACGCCGAUAAAGAGGGCCCACGCGCCCACCAACAAACAACAAUCCGCACCAUAAACGAAAGCCAAUCACCCAUCGAACUUCCCGCGCCGGGCCAAAGCGGUGGGAAAGACGAGGAAAGUUCGGAUGAGGAGCUUGUUAUGUCUAGUACGGCGUAUCCGGGGCAGGAGUGGAGGCCGGCUGUGUUGUCGGGGUGGGAGUAUUAA